AUGAACGCACUGUGGAUGCUCGCAGCGACGGCGAUCGCGGCGUCGGCUCAGCUGAGCAAGCCGCGCGUUGAGGACGGCGGCUGGCAGCCCGUGCUCGCUGGUCGCUCAAAGGCGAAGAAAGGCCGCGCCGCCGACGACAUACCGGCGUUCUACGUGUGGCUGCCCACCGAGCUGCUGGACCACAUUCACCCGAACGGCCCAAACUUCGCUCAAAUCCAGCCUCCGGCUGGCUUUCCGAGAAAUCGGUACCUCCCAGCGCAGGCUAUUGACGAAGCACUGGACAUGGCACUGCAGCCGCCGAGGUCCGCAGCCUUCGGGCCACUGCAGUCUGAAGAAGAGGCGGACGUGUCCGACGAUAGUGCGGGCAAGAGGCCAGUCUACAAUUCGCUCGACCAACUAGCCAAGACGGGAAAAAGAAAGCUCCACAAGGGCUCUUCCACGCACCACGUGGAUGGAUGCAGCCCCGCCAGCUCGGCUGCGGUGACCAGCCUCGGUAAUCGAUCGCUGCGCCAGGUGGCCGAGAGCCUAGGAGCAGGUCGGUUUCUUGAUCGCCUUGGAAUCACCGAAAUCGAGCUCAUCGGUCUCACUGGCCACGACGGCGUGUACACGCUGUUCCUGCCGGCGGACGAGAGCCUGGAGCUGACGUCACCCGAGCUGCUCGGCUCGUGGAGCUCCGGGCGCACGGCGCGCCAGGCUGCCAUGCUCAACCACGUGCUGCCGUCACGUGUGGCACUCGAGGAGCUCACGCGUGGGGGCAGCUUCACGACCAGGGCUGGUGCGCGACUGAACGUGCGCCGCAAUGCUGCCAACGGCGUGGUGACGGUGAACGGCCACCGCGUGGCGGUUGCCGACGCCAGCGGGCCGCGCGGCGGCGUCGUGCACGUGCUCAGCGGGCCACUGGCGCCCAGCGCCGACCGGGACGUGCUGGCGACGCUGUCGGACUGCGCAAAGUACGACGGCUUCCUCACGCUCGCCACGGGCACGGGCGUCUCCGAGCUGCUGCGACGGGGCCAGCGCACGCUGUUCCUGCCCAGCAACGACGCCCUGUCCAAGGUGCCGCCGGAGGAGCUCAAGCUGUACCAGAGGAACGUCACUGCCCUCAAAGAGUUCCUCACGUACCAUAUCGUGGAUGGCAUCUACUACAGCCAUGACCUGCGAGACGGCCAGUACCUCAAGUCUAUGCACAAUGACCUCCCCAUCCGUGUUGGCGUCAGCGUAGACGGCUGCAGUAGGAGGCUGUACGAGGCGAACAACUCUCCGCUGUACCGCGCCGACAUUCCAGCCUCCAACGGCGUCAUCCACGUGGUCGACUGGGUCCUGCUGCCCGGGGAUCACAAGUGGUGCACGGGCGUCGUUCUGCCCUGAUUCCACCUAAAAGAACCGAGAGAUGAAAGGGCUUUUGACGUCAGUCGAACUCGCUGGUACGAUUCGACUCUCUCAUUCGAAAAAAGAUCCAUGAAAAGAGCCAAUGGACGUCAUCAACACACUGCUGAGCUUGUGUCUCUUCUGAGCUGGCACAAAAUUUCAUCGUCAAUUUUCAGAGUGUUGACCGCUUCUUUAUUUAUAUGCUGCACUGAAUACAAAUGGCUCAUUUAUGCAAUAAA